CAAAUACAAAAUGAUAAAAACAUCAAAAUUCCUUAAAACGAUUUUUAUAUUGCAAUACCUAUGUGGAUUUUACACCGAUUUUUUUAAAAAAAGAAAGUGGAACACUGUUUUUCGGAUUAUUAUGGCAAUUUUGAUUGUUAAUGUUUUAUACGGUAGAUUGAAAAGCAUGCAACAGCAAAUAAACUUUUAUUUAUUUUCAAUAGACUUGUUUAAUCUUAUAGAUUAUUCUCUAGCUGUAAUAUUGUCAUUAGUGGGUGGUAAUGUCCUACAUUAUUGUCAUAGAAAAUUGCGUAAGUUGGAGUGUCAAAUGAGAUGGCGUAAAAUCAAACUAUCAAUGUCUAUAACUGUUUCUGUCUUUUUGAUACUUUUGUUUAAGAAAUCCUUUAUUGGAUGGAGUUAUUAUAUCGGUUUUAAACAGCGUUUCUCGUUGGAUUUUAAUAGUAAAUAUAUAGUUUGUUUUAUUACAUGGUAUUUGGUUACAUUCGGAAUUAUUUUUAAUGAUUUCAUUCGAAACUUGACAUUUGAAUGGAUAUGGAUCUAUAUGAGAACUUUGAGGAUGACAUUCCAAGAUAAAUCAUUUAAGGGAAAAAAACUUUCUUAA